UUCUGUAGGUCCACGAUGACGGAGCCGGGCGCCUCUCCCGAGGACCCCUGGGUCAAGGCAAGCCCCGUGGGCGCGCAUGCCAGCGAGGGGAGGGCGGGACGGGCUCGUGCACGUAAGGGGUCCGGAAGACUGGAGGCUUCCCAACCAUCCCCAGAGUCUCCCCCGUUCUCCGGGCCCCGGGGCUGCAGGAAAGACAGCUCUCACCCCGCCUGUGGCAAGGUGGAGUAUGUCUACAGUGACAACAGUCUGGAUCCUGGACUUUUUGUAGAAAGCAGUCACAAAGGAAGUGUAGUGUCCAGAGCUAAUAGCAUCGGCUCCACAAGUGCCUCUUCUGUCCCCAACACAGAUGAUGAGGACAGUGAUUACCACCAGGAGGAGUCCUACAAAGACCGGAGGCGGCGAGCGCACACUCAGGCUGAGCAGAAGAGGAGGGACGCCAUCAAGAGAGGCUAUGAUGACCUUCAGACCAUUGUUCCUACCUGCCAGCAGCAGGACUUCUCCAUUGGCUCCCAAAAGCUCAGCAAAGCCAUUGUUCUACAGAAGACCAUUGACUACAUCCAGUUUUUACACAAGGAGAAGAAAAAGCAAGAGGAAGAGGUAUCCACCCUACGCAAAGAUGUCACAGCUCUGAAGAUAAUGAAAGUGAACUAUGAACAGAUUGUGAAGGCGCACCAGGACAACCUUCAUGAGGGCGAGGACCAAGUCUCUGAUCAGGUCAAGUUCAAUGUAUUUCAAGGCAUCAUGGACUCGCUAUUCCAGUCCUUCAAUGCCUCCAUCUCUGUAGCCAGCUUCCAGGAGCUGUCAGCCUGUGUCUUCAGCUGGAUUGAGGAGCACUGCAAGCCACAGACCCUACGAGAGAUUGUGAUCGGCGUCCUUCAUCAGUUGAAAAACCAACUCUACUGAUGGCUCCUGGAAACCUGCAGAGCAGCCAACAGACACUUGUGAGUCUGUUUGGCCGUGGAACUGCUUGGCCCAAUUGGACUGCAACACCUCACACCGGUCAGCUGGGUUCUACUUGGUGUUUGGUUUCCCAGCCCCCCCCCCUUCAUUUUCAAUGGAGUUGGGGUGCUUUGUGAAAGCUUUGAUUAAUUUAUUAUAUUGACUGCAAAGUCGAACCUACCCAGUCCUCCCCUUUCAGUAGAAGUCCUUAGCACAGGAGUCUGAUCUGGGCACCUCAAGGAGCUCUUGGCUUCUCAGUCCUUUUGCUAAGCCUCACAUUUCUGCUUAUGGUCUAUGUAUAUUUGGAAACUGCCUCUGUUUUGGUCUCUUGGGCAAUGGCUGGUCCAAGUUUGAACAUUUUGGCAGUAGUUGGGUGGGAAAAAAGGAGAGGAAAUAGUCCAGUGGCCACAAAAUGGUUGAAACCUACCGUGUGCCUAAGACUGGGGCUGCAUGGUCAGUGCUAAGUAAGGCCAAGGCUUCCUAGCCAGCUCAGGGUCAGCCUACCAGGUUUCUGCGGUGGCCUUAUGUUGUGUCACCUCCCUCCUCCCCGGCUGUGGGUGCUAGGGGAAGAAAUUCCCUGUCUGCUCCAGGCCCUGCUCCCACGGGUAAUUGCAGUGUCUCACAGUACUAUAUAUUUGAAUUUUUUAAUUUUUCUAAACAUCAACAAUUUUGCUACAGUUAAAAUUUUGGAAAAUUAACAGGGCUUCAAAACCAUCCUAGCCUUUCUGUCCAGUACACUUGGGUCUCUGCCAUCUCCCAAUGUUGCCUGCUUCUGGUACUUGGGGGUUAGAGCACAGGGCACAAAAGAUACUCCAUCUUCUGGGGGAAGCUCUGGGUGAUGCCUUGGGCUCUUCAAAUGCUGGUGUAUAGUAGCUUCUCUCUACCUUUGUCUCCCAGGCUCCCAUCCUCAGGUUUGAUAUCUGGGAGGUUUGACUAUCCAGAGGAAAUUAUGUAUUUUUAUAUCAAAUUGUAUUACAAUAAAUACUGCCAAAUACUUUCUUUUA